CAACUUAACAACACCAAUUGGAUUCGAGGAACAGUUCACAAUAUUGAACCUGAUUGUGUUUUGUGGAAUUCACGGGAAAACAUAAAUAAGGAGACCAACUUGACGGCAGUUUAAAGUUUCAGCACGAAAAGUCCUGGAAAGCAGCGAGAGGAAGAGCCGCAAUCUCCGGAAGAAAGUAGCAUAAACGUUAAAAUAUGGGUGACUUGAGCUGGAAUGAGUUUCUAAGUCAGGCCAAGCAGUUUUACGAAAUUUCGCAGGAACUGGGAGAUGCUUGGAUACUUCAGGAAAAGGACUCGAACCCUCCUAACACAUUUCUCAAGAUAAGUCAAAAAAUUAAGAACCAAAAGGAUUUGGUUAACGUGGAGUAUCAUGUGGUCUACAGUGUUUCCUAUCAAGUUCCCAUGCUUUUCCUCCAAGCUCACAGAUCAGAUGGCAGCCUGUUAGACUUGGAUGCUGUUUGGCAACUGUUUAUGCCGGAAACAAAUUCGGAAGAUCUCUAUCAAAUACUCACCCAAAUGGAUCACCCCGUCCUUUUCAGGCCUUUCAUGGCCCUCCAUCCGUGUCGGACAGCCGAGGUUCUGAAACAGUUUGGGGAGCCCAGUAAAAACCAAGUUCUCACCUUUAUAAGUCUGUACGGUCCCAAGGUGCAAUUGCACCUACAGAAUGCCUAUGGCCUGGCCACAAAAUACACGUAAUUGGAUUUUAUUGGUGGUUGUUUCAAACACUGGUUAUAGGAGUAUACAUGUGUGGAUAAUAAUUUACAUUUAACUUGUUACCUUAUAUUGGUUUGACCUCGACAUUGAAUAUACUACAAUAUAUGUGAUGGCCUUCCGGCCGCAUCUCGAUUAGUACUUGGCACAAGUGAAGACCCAAAUGGUACAUAAAAUACGGGAUCUUUUCGAGGGCUUUACUAUAAUUAUAGUAAUCCUACUAUUCAAUAUUGGAAUCUAUAGUUCCGUGGUAAAUCUAAAGGAUUAACAAAAUGCAUAAAUAAACCUACGAAAAAAUGGAACUUGUACACAAAGGAUAAUCCCAUUUACGGAAUAUGUAUAUUCAUCUACUUAUGCAUUAAAUAUUUUAUGACUAAAAGUAUAUAGUUUGCAAGUUCCACUCGCUCUCUUCGUUAAUGUUAGUAGUAAUAUCAACUAGUAGUUACUUUUCGAUUAUUUCAAUGUUUUAAUAUACGAGUACUAUAGACAGGUAUACGCUUAUUUUAAGUUGUACUGUACACAAGCCUGGCCAUAUCUGGGCCACUUUGCUUUGCAUUUCACUAAGGUUACGUGUUUCAUUUAUAAUUAAUGUUAACUGGCUACUGUGUGGCAUUCGCGGUACCUCGUCGCCAACCACUGUCCCCCAGAUCCUCCGCCUGGAGAGAUCAUGGAGUUGUGGGUGCGAGGAAUCGCAUUGAAAAUGUUUAUUUGCAAAAUUAAAUUGAUUUUUAUGUAUAUUAGUUUGGAUGUGCUACCUAACGAGUAGGAUAAUCCUGUUUUGCCUCAAGGACUCUGAAGUUCUACGAAGUUUGGAUACUUUCUGUCUAUGAAUUCUAAACCGAAGCUAGCGAUUAUUCUCUGAACUAAUUUAUAAUGAUGUGACUAAUGAAUAUAUAGUUUUUCACAUUCACUCUUAGCUUCGUUAAGUAGAAUAUAUGCUCUAUGAAUUUGAAUAUUUUUAGAUACGUAUUCUUACAAUCUCCAUUAAUUAUACCAUCAAACAUUCAGGAAAUAUUGUUAAAUAUAUAAGUGAUGUAUACUCUUUUUAACAUUCAUAUUGUGUGUGCCAUUUGAACUGUUUCCUGCUUCAUAUCCUUUCAAUUUACAAAAAAAAUGAUUACAAAUAUUGAAAAAUUAUAGAGUUCUUCGAGGUUUUUGUGGAAUGUUCAUAUUCAUGCUAAAAAUGUUAUUUGGUGGGUAACUUUGGCCCUUUUCGUUUUUAUUUCAAUUAUUCUGUUUUAAGAGUAUUUUAAUGGCUAAGAUCUAAUUGGCAAUAUUGAUACAUAUAUGAUUAUAUGAAAUAUACACUUUCAUUGUAUUAUUUAACAUCCGAUUCAUGUCAUCUCAAUAUAUGUACUCAUAUAUAAAAUUUUAUUUAAAGC